AUGGUCUUUAUGGUCAAAUUCCUCUUGUGUUCUGAACUCACUGCACUCCAUGAGAAAGAUAAGGAUGUUGUAGCUGCAAGCUUUGAUACUUUCCAGAAUACAGCUCCAAGUUCUAAUACUUUUCAGAACAUAGCUUCGUCUGAUGGUCCUACCCCGAUUGAAGAAGGGCCUUCUAUGAAAAAGGAGGAAACAAUAGAUGUCUCAUGGAAGAAUAUGUCCUACACUUACAAAGCAGUAACCCUCACAUUGAUAUAUGUAAUUGAUCUAUCUUGCAACAAUCUAACAGGUAAAAUUCCUCAAAUUGGUAAUCUUACCAGAAUUGUUACACUCAAUUUAUCUCACAACAAAUUGACAGGGUCUAUCCCAAAGACAUUUUCAAACCUUAAGAAAAUUCAAAGCUUAGAUCUUUCUUAUAACAACUUAAAUGGAAACAUCCCUCCUGAGCUCCUUGAGCUAAAUUCUUUAAAAAUUAUUUAUAACCAUCUGUUAGGGCCAAAAAAUGUCCUCAACCCAAAGAUGAAGACACCUUCAACAAAGCUGAAAGCUCAUGCCCAAUUCCGAUGGGGCCCAAAUCAGAGUUCUGCAGAUGAGGUCGGUUCAGUAUGCUUUCCCAGUUCCUCACCAUCUGGACCCAGGCCUUCUGAUCCUAAAACACCUUCUGGACUUACGAUCAACUUGGAGCCCACAGUCGCCUACGAACUACAAUGCUACUUGAAUUCUACUAAGGAAGUCAAUCACUAUCCUAAUUCGUCUAAGGUGUAG